AAGCUGCCAAAGAACGCCAGAAUGUCGAAACAGUUUCAGAUGUAAUUGUUUAUCUUUGAAAUUAAUACGAGAUUCGGACAUCAAACGAACCAUAGUUUCAUGUACCUGAUCCGUACGUGAUCUUAUAAAUUGUUUCUGACUGCACCACAAGCCUUCAAUUGCGUUCAGCUCCGAGUGAAACUUCGGACAGAAAAUAACUUUCACUCCACAUCUUUCACCUAGCUGUUCCAAACGUGAAGUCUAAGAGCGGAAAAAGAAAAAAACUUGCAAGUUCUGCGGCUCAGAAAAGAGUGAGGUAUUUUGCUUACAGUAUUAAAGAUAGAAUGGUCAGCUAACAGCUUUCGUAACUCAUCGAGUUUUAAAUUAGCGGAUGUUGUCACUUUGAGUUCCCGUGCAAUUUCCAGCAAACCUUUACUCUGUCCUUUGUGUGGUCCAUUUCGAAAAUAGCAAUGGAGAGUUUGUUUUGUUCCCUGUGAAUCAAUAAAGUCGAUACUGCCGACCGGACACUUCUUUCCAAUUGAUUUGGCAAAAUCAUUGAGAGAAUAUGCUUUUUCACUAUGAGUGCGAGCAUUAUCAACGAUACAAAUGAAUUCGUGAUUUUUGAAAUCACUUUUGAAUUUAAUUAGCUUGAAUAGUCGUUCGAACUGUUGAAGUAUGGUUGAGUUAUCAAAGUAACUAUCUUUGCCGACUUGAAUUGAAGCUGUGGCAGAGUUUUCAAGAUAGUCAAUCCCAGACAGUUCGUCUAACUCUUGAUAAUUUUUGACAGCUUCCUUCCAUUCUGUAUCGUUCAAAGCAAAGAAAGGUCCCGAAGGAUGCUGCACGAGAAAGUCCGAAACCAUAUUGGAUCUACCGCGACCCUUACUGUGAAAGGGUGCAGUAUCACCAUAAAACCAACGUUUCGCACUGACCUCUCCCGAUUUAAAUGUAGAUUCGUCACGAACUAAUUUGAAAAAGAAGCAAAGGGAGACAGAAUUAGAGACCUAGCUCUCAAAAUCUUUCUUUGAAGGUUUUCUGGAAAACCUCUGCUCAAUGAUAGGUUUGAUCACACAAAUCUGAAACUUUUAGACUCUGCUGAACGGUUUCGAGUUGUCAAGUAUUUUAGAUAUAUAAGUUACUGUUCAUCUCCUUAGUUUACAUUUAUUAUGCCUCGGCCAACCAAACGUCACUCGCUUAACCAAAAACGUUACUCAGAUAAGAAUUUAGCAAGUGUAAUUGACAGCGAAUCGUCUGAGGAAGAGUUAGCGAUGGAAGUGGAUCAGAACGAAGAUAAAGAGCCACUGAACUUCAAAGGCAAAGUAAUGCUGAAUGACAUUUCUGAUUUAUUCGAGCUAUGUCAAUCCAAAUGUCCCACAAAAUAUAACAGCUGUUUACUGUACAUGGCUAUGCGUCAUUUGGGUCUUAAGUGGAACGAUUGCCAUAAUUUUAUGAAAGAAAUUGGAGCCUUAACAACUCAGACUGCUCACAAAGGGACUAGUAUAUUUAUUCACGGUGAUUUUGACGAAUUUUGUCACGAGAACAGAGGUGGCAAACGUAAAAGUGAAUUCUACGAUUCAUUUCCUGAACUAGAAGAACAAGCAAAAUUAUUUACACUGGAGCGUUGUUCGAGAAAAUCGGCAGAUUUCACAGCUAAUGACCUCGCUAAAUUCGUUGAUGACCAGUUUUAUUUGAUCACACAAACCGUGAAAGACGACGGUGCUCCGCUCGUUCGUUCUCCCGCAUCCUGUCGAAUUGAUUUGCGCCGUUGGGGUGCUCGUUUCGAACAAAAUGGAAAUCGCCCUUAUUCUGAGGGCCAUGAGAGAGCCGAUGUUAUCGAACAUCGUGUCAAAUUUAUCGAUCAUCGAAUCUCGCAUUAA